GUAGACUGCGUCGUGCGUGAUGACGCAUGCGCCCGGCAACGUUUUCGCUACGAAAACCAUCAGUUGUACACAGCAGCAAACACCGGAGCUUUGCUUCGUGUUUGAAUUAAACGCAGACCACCUGGGUCAUCGUGUAACACACGUUUGUUUCUGAUUUUAAGCUUGGGAACCGACAAUAUAGCGUCAAGAUGUCAUACAUGCUACCGCAUCUCCACAAUGGCUGGCAGGUCGACCAAGCCAUCCUGUCUGAGGAGGACCGCGUCCUGGUGAUCCGCUUCGGACACGACUGGGACCCGACAUGCAUGAAAAUGGACGAGGUUCUAUACAGCAUCGCUGAGAAGGUCAAGAAUUUUGCAGUCAUUUACCUGGUGGACAUCACAGAAGUGCCCGACUUCAACAAGAUGUACGAGUUGUACGACCCUUGCACUGUAAUGUUCUUCUUCAGAAACAAACAUAUCAUGAUUGACUUGGGAACUGGUAACAACAAUAAGAUCAACUGGACAAUAGAAGACAAGCAGGAGAUGAUAGACAUUGUUGAAACUGUGUACCGAGGAGCACGAAAAGGAAGAGGUCUGGUGGUGUCGCCUAAGGAUUAUUCUACAAAAUACAGAUAUUAAUUUUUAUACUUUUUUUGGAAGAUUUUUUCACUGAUAUUUUAUGACACCGGAGACAGAGACUACAAACUACGGAAAUCUAGAAUAGUCUUUGGUUUUCUUUGGUAAAACAGGACAAUUUUCUCAACAUUCAUUGUGUUACAUUAUGUGUGUGUUUGUAAUUACAGAUAUUUUUCACUUGAGACUUGAGAGAUUCUGCGACAAGCUUAGUUAUUUCAUUUUUGCCACAAACAUCUAUCAGUAUUUAAUUACGAACUGUAAGAAAACAUGUUUGCAGUUUUCUGAUUUUCACUGAAAUUAAAGAUUACUAAGCUGG